UUAAGGCUCGGAGUAUGUUUAGAGCGUCUAUUCUUAGUUGAUAAGAAAGCUUAAAUUAAACUAUUUUGAGUAGUUGUUCGAGGAAUUCUUUUAUUUCUUUUGUGUCUUCUUGGAUUUAUAUUUAGGAGGAUAGAGAAGAUAUUUUUACUGAGUAAAUAUUGGCUAAUAUACUUAUGUUUUGUAAAUAAUUCUAGUUCGAACUUAUUUACUAUAGGAGUUAAACUGGAAUUUAUUAUUAGUAUUAGAAAUCAGGAAUUAUAUGGUAGUAAUAAAAAAUAUCUUCGUUAUAAAUAAAGGCGUGCGGGAAGAAUUCUAAAGGCUCAAAAGUAUCAUGGAAGAGAUUAAGUUUUAUUUUUUCUUUAUUUAUAAUAAAACGCUUUUCUAUUUCGAUUUCUCUAGAUGAUUUAUUGUCAAAGUCAUUAAUUUUUUCUUAAAUAGAAAUAUCGUCUAAAUCGUUAAAUUAAGUGUUUUCUUAAAUACUGUCUUAUAAUGGAAUUUUAUAUAUACAAGAAUGAUAUGGGAGAUAUUAUGAGUAUCUUUUUUAGAAAAGACAAUCGUAAAAAAGUGUUUAUUAAAACGCGUUCAUUAAAUAAGGACGGAUGUCUAUUAUUUUCGAAAAAAAAAUAUUUAUUAGAUUUGAAACGCUUUUUAUUUCCACAUCAAAUUUCUCGUCGUAGACUAAUAUUAUUAUACCUAACAUUCGAAUACAGGCAUG